CCCAUCUGAAGUCUGGCGAACGCCCCGACCACAUACGGUACCGAACCAAACCAAACCAACCACCUCAGGAUAGGUGGUUUCCCCCGGGGCUCGACGGGCCCUCCCGCUUGCAACGGUCCCGUUUCGGACAGGGAGUGCUGGGAAACCCUCACAUCGCGUUUCUGCUUUGGAACGUCACCCACCCGCGCCCCCAAAUGCAUCAUAGAGAACCUGCACGCCCGUAUCAUAACGUUGGCGAUCGUUCCACAGAUCGCAAAGACCGGGGCUCCGACUCCCGAUCCCUCCAACUCCUCCCCCCCCCUUUUCUCGCCUGUUUUCGACGUGACACGACGGGAUGGAGACGGUCAGGCGGACGACGCGGACGUCGCGGACGCGAGCACGCCCGGAAUCUUUUAGAGGAGAGAGUUACACGCGAGCCCAAGCGAGAUGAUACAAGGCUCCUUCGCGCGAUGCCGAAAAAUCGAAGGAUCACCGCCUCCUCCCCCCGACCGGCCGCCACCGGAAUAGAUACUCGCCUGGUUGGGCAUCCGACGCCUGAGAGAGCCUGCACCAUCACCCUCCCUCACCUAGCUGCUGGCCAAUGGGGGCGGCCCAGACUGUCUUCGUAUCCGCAAGAGAUCCCACUUACUCUUCGGCAAUCCUUGAUUCAUUACGCUAGCGCACGUUAGCCGCACAUGUACACUACUGGAUGGGCAGCACGCUCGCUUCUCUGUUCCUGA